CGUGCAGCUCGAACCCCCUUUAACAGGUGGGUUCCACUGCGACACCUGCGGGAGCCCUCGAUGCGGCGCCAGUCCGGGAGCAAGGAGAGACCAUGAUGGCCUUCCUGGCCCGCCUGGACACCUACAUGCAACAAGUACGAGAGGAACAGCAACGCGAGGCGGCAGCCGAAACGGCACGCCUCAACGCCAUUGCACGCGAUGCGGAGCAACGGCGCCGGAAGCACGCUGAAGCAGCUGCCAACCAUAACAAAGCUCGAAAAGAUGCCGCAUCUGUCCUCAUGCAGCAGGAAGCCGCUCAUUCCGCGGCACUCCAAGCAUGGAAUGUUGAUCCGGCGGAGACGACGGAACCAACUGCGGAGGAGCAGACCAAGUCAGCCCUCGCCAACAUGAUGCACCGAGUCAUCCUCACUUGUAAUUGGCAACAAGUAGAGCUGGCUCGGCAGGCACGUACCAUUGCUGAGUAUGAGGAGACUCUCAAGGGCCUCCAUGCCCGCCUUGAUGUGCUGGAGAAGGAUGACGUGCCGCACAGGCACACGUCAUCGUCAAGCAUUGAUCCAUCGAUCCACGAGGUGGAAGAACGAAUGGAUCAUCUAGUGGCGCUCGUUGGAAAUUUGAACAGUUUCCGACAACCGUCGAUCAUCAGCCAGCAAAUAGCCGCCCUGCAAGCGGAACUGGGUCAGCUGCAACAGCAACCAAUUGGGACGUGCAACAGCCUGAUGUCGAAACAAUUCAAGAUGCCGAAGUUCAACAUCGACAGAUUUGAUGACUACCACAAGGCGGACCCCAUAAGUUGGCAAAGAAGACGUUCGUCCACGACAAAGCUCGGGAAACUGAGCUCCACGGGAAGUGAGGCGACUCCACUUCCUACUCCGCUGGACACAGUUGCCUUGCUAGCAACUUCCUCCACGUCCGGGGAACAUGCGUAUGUUGCCAGUCUUCACGAAGGUUAUGAAGACUAUGCUAUCCAGCUGGUCCCGCCGUUGGACCAACCUCUCCACGUGCAAGAGUCAUAUGCGUGCGCGACUUCAACACCAUCGCCAAGUGAACCAGCAUCCUCGUCGACACUAUUCGGGGACUCGUCGAUAUGGUCUAGACUUGAGGAGCUCGACCCAUUGACGGUGGAGGACUUCCAAUGGUUGCCGCUUCCCCCAUCUGGUUCCUUGCUGAAGCCGCAUUGCAACGCCCUAAUGGCGGAACUACGCACCUACUUGCACGCUGCAGUACCAGCUCCGUUGAUGGAAGACGGAGUAGCGGUUGUUGACCUUCACGAGUACAUUGCGAAGAUUGACCACAGGUACGCCACGCAACGCGAGGAGGAACUCGAAGUGCUUCGAACGCAACUCGAUGACCUCGUUGACAAGGGCUGGAUUCGCCCUAGCUGCUCGCCCUACGGUGCACCCGUUCUCUUCGUUCGGAAGAAGAACAAGGAGCUGCGCUUAUGCAUCGCCUAUUGUAAGCUUAAUGCUCAAACAAAUAAGAAUGCCGGCCCGCUUCCACGCAUCGACGAUAUUUUCGAACGCUUGGGCGACGCCAAGUAUUUCUCCAAGUUGGACCUCAAGGCCGGUUACCACCAGCUCGAGAUCCAUCCAAGAGAUCGAUACAAAACCGCGGUCAAGACAUGGUACGGGCACUUCGAGUGGGUCGUAAUGCCAUUCGGCCUCACGAAUGCCCCGACCACCUUCCAAGCGGCAAUGACAAUGGAGUUUCGCGGCAUGUUGGACUGGUUUGUGCUCAUCUACCUCGAUGACAUCUUGGUAUAUAGCCGGAAUUUGGACGAGCACAUCGUGCAUCUACGUGCUGUUUUGGACAGGCUACGUACGACCAAGUACAAGGCCAACCGAGCCAAGUGCGAAUUUGCCCAGCAAGAGCUCGAGUACUUGGGCCACUUUGUGACGCCACAAGGCAUCCGUCCGCUCGCGGACAAGAUCAAGGCCAUUCAAGAUUGGUCGGAACCAACCAACAACAUGGAACUCCGAUCUUUUAUGGGAUUGGUGGGGUACUACCAACGCUUCAUCGGAGGAUACUCACGGAUCGCCGCGCCCUUGUCAAGAUUGCAGUCUCCAAAGGUGCCUUUGCAGUUCACUGACGAAGUCCGCAGUUCGUUCCACAAAUUGAAGACGGCAUUGUUUCUCGCUCCCAUCUUGAGUAUCUACGAUCUCACCUUGCCUACGAGAGUGACUACGGACGCUUUCGGCUACGGCAUGGGUGCAGUUUUGGAACAACACGAUGGAGUAGAUUGGCAUCCGGUUGAGUACUUCAGCCAAAAGGUGCUUCCCAUCAACUCGGUUGAUGAUGCGAGGAAUGUGCGAGCAUACAAGUCCGAUCCGGAAUACGCCACGCUCUACGAGCAACUAUCCUCGGAUCACCCGCCAGCCAGCCACUAUCGCGAUCAGGAGUACAAGGCUGGAAAGCGUAUGACAAAUAAAACAUUGGAGAUCCAGAGCCUUGACAAGAGAGAGGACAUAACAAUUGACCUCGUAUCAAACCAGGACUUCACAGAGGAUGAAUGCAAGCGCCUACGGCAAGUCAUGAAGCUCGGCAUUUAUCGUCCCUUGCGAGUGGGCGAACUGGAAGAAAAGGCGGUAACACUUCAAGGAGCUAAGGUCAAGGAGUUUUUUGACACGGAAAGGCAACGUUUGGCAAACCUGAGGGAUCGAGCAAAUCUGCUGCAGCGGCAUGAAGCCGCCAGCAUCGAAAGACCCAAGUUCUGGCACUUUGAACCGUCCAACGGCGACGACGCGACACCGGAGGAGCAGCACAAGGAGUUCCUCUCCAAACUCGUGACACGGUUGUUAUACGCUUGCAACUAUCAACAGUCCGAGUUGGAGAGACAGAACCAGGAACUGCAGCAACAGUACCAGGAUCUGCAGAAACAACACCAGGAGUUGGCGAACCUCUGCCGGACAGUGCAGAGCCACGAGGAUGCUACACGGGCACUCAAUUCCCGUGUACUGGAACUGGAGCAAGCUGUACCAGGACCAGAUGCUGGUGUGUCCAGGAGUGCACCCUUCAACCGCCAACUGGAGGAACGUGUUGACCACGUCGUCGCAAUGCUCGGCGACAUCAGCACCUUCGGUGAGCCGACCACUAUCAGCAAUCAGCUGGAUACCUUGAAGACCGAGGUCCAGCAACUGCAGUUGCCUAACAAGAAUGGCAACAACACACAACAUUACAAGAUGCCAACUUUUCAAAUUGAGAAGUUCGAUGACUACACGCAUCAGGACCCGGUCCUCUGGUGGGAAGCCACCCAUGGCGUCGACGCCGCAGAUUUGAAAGACAAGAUCACAUGGGAAGAGUUAACACGGCUGUGGAAGAAGCGGUUCAUCGUGGACGACGCACCUGCACUCGCCAUCAAUCGUCUCUUCAACAUGACGCAAGGCAACACAGCAACACGUGACUGGCUCACGGAAUGGCAGAAGAUUGCGGCAACGCCCGAUCUCGACUUGCCAUUCACGCAUCUGCGUCGUGAGUUCUACAACAGGUCAUGCGCUGCAUUGAGCCUUGCUCUUGGUGAUCGCGACCAGUAUGCAACCUUCGCUGAGAACAUUGACAAGGCGAGGGAGAUCAUCAAGACCAACAGGGCGGCUGCACACGAGAAGUCAACAUGGCAGCCAACCUAUGUGGAGAAGGUGAGAACUGGUCCGCAACAGCAGCAGUUCGUUGCAGUCCGAUCGGACAACACUGUGGAAGACCCGGCAGCCAUCGAAGCGUCACGCCCGCACGGAGUAGUACCGGAUCGGCCCAUCCGCCACGAGAUCAUCCUCGAGGACGGGGCCGUACCUCCGCGCGGUUGCAUCUACCGAAUGAGCGAGGAAGAGUUAAGCGUGCUACGGGCACAACUUGACGAUCUUCUAGAGAAAGGUUGGAUAAGGCCUAACUCAUCGCCAUACGGUGCUCCUGUUCUCUUCGUCUGGAAGAAGAACAAGGAUUUGCGGUUGUGCAUCGAUUAUCGCAAGCUCAACGCGCAGACGAUCAGAAACGCCGGCCCUCUCCCACGCAUCGACGACCUUCUCGAACGACUGGGCGGUGCCAAGUUCUUCUCCAAGCUGGACCUCAAGUCGGGAUAUCACCAACUCGAGAUUCGGAAGGAGGAUCGCUACAAGACCGUGUUUAAGACGCGAUAUGGGUAUUUCGAAUGGCCGGUUAUGCCAUUUGGCCUUACGAAUGCCCCGGCCACUUUCCAAGCGGCUAUGAUAACGGAGUUUCGACUUAUGCUGGAUCGAUACGUACUUAUCUACCUUGAUGACAUCCUGGUGUACAACCGGAGUUUGGAUGAGCAUGUGGAACAUCUGCGCACCGUUUUGGAGCGGCUACGACAAGCCAAGUACAAAGCCAACCGCGACAAGUGCGAAUUCGCGCGGCAGGAGCUUGAGUACUUGGGACAUUAUGUGACGCCGCAAGGCAUCCGUCCGCUUGCGGACAAUAUCGAGGCCCUCCGUGUAUGGCCCGAGCCCACCAACACCACGGACGUUCGGUCAUUCAUGGGGUUGGCGGGCUACUAUCAACGAUUCAUCACCGGAUACUCGAGGAUUGUUGCACCUAUGACGAGAUUACAAUCGCCGAAGGUGCCAUUCGUAUUCGAUGACGACGCACACCGGUCAUUCCAAGCACUCAAGACGACCAUGCUCAUUGCACCCGUCCUUAGCAUCUAUGACCCCACCCUGCCGACGAGAGUGACUACGGACGCUUCCGGCUAUGGCAUUGGGGCAGUCUUGGAACAGCACGACGGCGACGACUGGCACCCUGUGGAGUUUUUCAGCCACAAAGUGCCUCCCAUCAACUUGCUUGAUGAUGCAAGGAAGGAGCUGCUCUCAUUCGUCAUGGCUCUCAAGCGAUGGUGGCACUUCCUCCUUGGGCAUCGUAGGUUCACAUGGGUUACGGACAACAACCCAUUGACUUACUACGAGACGCAGGAUACGGUGAGCAGCACGAUCGGACGAUGGAUGUACUUCAUCGACCAAUUUGACUUCACACUGAAACAUUUUCCCGGCCUCUCCAAUCGUGCAACAGAUGCUCUCUCGCGAAGACCUGAUCUUUGCGGUAUGACACAUCAUGCCUUCGCAUUUGACGAGGAGCUCCAGCGACACUUCAUCAGGGGUUAUGAGUCCGAUCCAGACUUCGCCACGCUAUAUGCGCAGCUAUCUUCGGAUCACCCGCCGGCCAGCCACUAUCGCAUCGUCGAUGGGUACUUGCUCCUGCACUCGCGGGGCAAGGACUUACUAUGUGUCCCACGCGACCGCCGUCUUCGGACUCGCCUCCUCGGCGAGUAUCAUGAUUCGCGACUCGCCGGCCAUUUUGGAGUCAACCGCACUAUUGCACGGCUUCGCCAACGAUUUCGAUGGCCCGACCUCAUCACCGACGUCACGAGGUAUUGCGACUCUUGCGAAGUUUGCCGACGAAGCAAACCCCGCAACCGCAACCCCUACGGCGAGCUGCGCCCGAUGCCGAUCCCGCAGGAACCCUGUCUCUCCAUUGCUGUGGAUGUCACCGGACCAUUCCCACGCGACCGCCUCGGACACGACGACAUCCUCACGGUCGUGGACCGAUUGAGUCAUCUGGUGAGAAUAUUUGUGGUUGGGGGCAGCUAUAAUGAGGCCAGUAGUUUAGGGUCUGUAGGGUCAACGGUUGCACAAACCCAGAGUCAGUCCACUGGCGUUAUGGCAAGCCAGCCGUUAGUGAUGACUCCCGAAGAGGUCGCCAUACAACGAGGUGUUGAUCGCGAGACACAGCUACAAAAGGAUUUAAGAGAGAUUAAGGCAGAAAAAGAAAGAAUGAUUAGAAGAAGAGCCAGGUUGCAGCGGCGACAAGCGGACAUUAGUGAGUUAGAGGAGAUGGACCCGACGGAGUGGGAUGAUCAGGUGAGGACCCUGAGGUCGGUCUUGUUAGGUGUAGUAGAGAUGCAAGACCAGCAGACGACAAUCUUACAGGACAUCCAGCAGAGUCUCGUCGUCUUGGUCGGACGAGCGCAGGCCGUACCAUCACUGUCCAACAGCCCGAGGCUGUUGGACGAGCGCAGACGGUACCAUCACCCCGAGGCCAAUGGCCAGACCGAACAAUUGAAUCGCGUUGUCCAACACCUGUUGCGGCAUUACAUCAAGCCCAAUCAGGUCGACUGGGACGAGAAGCUUGCUCUCAUCGCCAGUCUGUAUAACAAUGUUGUGAACAGCGCCACCGGAGUGAGCCCUAACAGUCUACCAUUGACCUUCAAACCUAAACUGCCUCUAGACUUCUUACUACCUGAAAAUCAGUCAACUGUUGCACCUGAUACUUCAGAAUUUGCACACCGAUAUGAGCAGAAGAUGCAGCAGGCAGUGGAACAAAUGCGGAAGGCUCAGGUGGCAAUGAUAGAAUAUGAGAACAAACAUCACCGCCCGUCUACAUUUCAGGUUGGGAACAGAGUAUGGGUUAAGUCCUCAGAACUGGGACAGGAGCACGGGAUUUCCCGCAAGCUCAUGCCUCAGUACUUCGGGCCAUGGGAGGUCUUAGACAUUCUCGGGACUGAUCCGGAGAGGCCGUCUUAUGUAAUCCGGAUCCCUGGUCAUCUCCGCACUUAUCCUGUCUUUCACGCCUCCAAACUUGCACCUUUUGAGGAAACUGACCAGUUUCCUUCUCGUCGCUCAAUGCUGCCCCCAACCAUGGAUGGAGAAGUGGAUAUCGAUGGUAUCGUGGACCACAAGGAGCUGCGUGUUCCAAGACCAAUAGCCAAGGGACGUCCUCCGGAACCGAAGCUGCAGUACCGCGUUCGGUUCCGACAUCAUAUUGAUCCAAAGGAGGACCGCUGGUUCACCAGGGAGGAACUCAUGCAGACCGCUCCUCAAGUCGUAGCUCAAUACGAAAAAGCUCUGCAGAAGGGAAAGCGCCAGAUCGUCUUACUCACCUCCUACCUGAGAUGCUUUCCCAUGCCUCUCAGGAAUCAGUUGGCAGGUGAGGCCAACAUUAAUAUGCACAACUUUCCCUCAUUUAGCAAGAAGGCCCUAGACCUUGAGGCAAAGAUAGGGCAUGGACAUAAUCCCACGACGGAUGGUAGGAAGAAGUCACUGCCUCCGAAUUGGAAGGCGAAGGGCCGCAUUAUGUUCGUCGACAACGAUAGUUCUACCAUCGAGUCGGACGACGAGUUCCAGGCGAGAGUAGGUUCAGAGGUUGGCAGCGUAGAGGCUUCAGGGGGUGGAGUAGUCGCUGUCGUAGCACAGAAAGUCAUAGAGCAGUAUGACUUUGAGCCCCAGUACAUCAAGGGCGAGUACAACAAGGUUGCUGAUGUGCUGUCGUGUAGACCAGAUUUCUCUGGUGCGCUGAUCACUGAGUUUGGGCUUGCGGACGAUGUUACUUGCUCUAUGGUGGAAGCCUAUCGCGAGGAUCGGUUUAUGUCUGAGAUCAUACGCAGACUCGAGGCGAAGGACAAAGUGACUUCUGCCGAGUUUGUGUUGGUCAACGGACUGCUGUUCCUUGAGAAGGCAGGGAAUAAACGCCUGUGUGUGCCAGAUAGGGAGUCUUUGCGUAGUUUAUUUUUAGGCGAGUGUCAUGAUGCCACCAGACAUUUUGGUUUCAAGAAGACUGCAGCCAAUCUGCUGCAACAAUUCUGGUGGCCCACGAUGAUGAGAGAUGCCAAGCUGUACGUGGAGACUUGUCAGAUGACUUCUGGGAACCAUCCCGAGGCCAAUGGCCAAGCAAAGCAGCUUAACCGCGCUGUGCAACACCUGUUGCAGCACUACAUCAAGCCCAAUCAGGUGGAAUGGGAUGAGAAACUUGCUCUCAUCGCCAGCCUGUAUAACAAUGAUGUGCACAGCGCAACUGGAGUCGCUAGCAUGGAGUCCAGCCAUGGCGCCCAGAAACUAAGAGAGCUCGAGGAUCCGGAAGUACGGCAGGCAAAGCUGCAGGCAAAACUUGAAAUUGAAGCUGACCUGCACAUGCGUCCAGGUUUUGAAUCUGAUAGUGAUGACGAUGAUGAUGACUUGCCUCCAGAGGACAAAGGUGAGGACCCAAAGGUGGAUGUGGCAUAUUGGGUCGCUGCACAGAGAACCUACCUGAGUGGUUUCAAAUGUGAUGAGGAUGUCAAGGUGUCUGCCAUCCUUGCUCGCUUGGAGAGAUCAGCACUGAAAUGGUGCACCUCCACCUCCAACAAGCAAGGGUCUUUCACUUUUGAAGACUCUGAGUUGGAUGAGACGUGGGAGGAGGAUGAUGCUCAAUGUCUUGCUGAUCUUUUCUUGUCUUUGCAGGAGAAGAAAAAGCAUAAGUCAGAGCUAAUCCUACUUCGACCCUUUAUCCUGGGAGCCAAGAUCAAAGGGCUCUUGUACUGUGGGGCUACUCACAACUUCAUCUCUCCCAAGGCAGUCAUCAAGCUGCACUUGCAUCAUAGAUUGGUGAAAUUGCAACAGCCAAUAGAGGUCCGCAUAGGAGACUCUUCCACAGUCAGGAUCACUAUUGUUGUCAAGGGCCUACCUGUGUCCUUUGAGGAGCAGGGAGAAAUCAGGCAUCGCCUGAAUUUCUUUGUGUUUCCUAACGUUCCCUUUGACCUUGUCUUUUCUAUGCAGUGGCUUGGUGCCACCAAUCCUAGGAUCGACUGGCGGAUCCCUAGGGUUGAGCUACCUGACCGGCAUGGGGUAUAUCGCCCUUGCAUGCUCGCUGAUGAGUACCAUCCGGCCAGCAGUUGUUUUUGCAUGAGUCCUCACAGAUUUCUGCAAUUUUCACGCCAGACUGACCACGCUCGUCUGUUCGUGGCUUAUGUGAAACAGACUGGCGUGGAGGUUGCUCCCUGUCCCUUUCAGAUUCAACAGGUUGAAGACAGUCUCUCAGAUCUUAUGGAGGAGCCUACCGGACUUGUCCAUAGGCAGACCAAACAUAAGGUUGAGAUCCUGCCUAGUUCGGUCCCUCCCAAGGGCCGAGUCUACAGGAUGUCACCUGCUGAACUUGAAGAGCUCAGGAAACAGUUAGAGACCCUGACCAGCAAGGGCUGGAUCAGGCCCAACACAUUUGAGUUUGGGGCACCAGUCCUCUUUGUUCCACAGGGGAAUGGUGAGUUCAGGAUGUGCGUGGACUACCGUGGUCUCAACAAAAUGAGGAAGUCUACAAAGCCCCUUCCUCGCAUUGAUGAUCUGUUGGACAUGGUGCAGGGCUGUACCAUUUUUAGCAAGAUCGACGUCAAAUCUGGCUAUCACGAGAUUGAGAUGGCCGAAGGCGAUGUCUACAAGACAACCUUCAAAACCAGUCAGUAUGGUGUAGGGGCGGUACUUCAACAGGAUGAUGGGAAUGGUCUGCACCCUAUCGAAUAUAUGAGCAAGAAGAUCAAAACCAAGAAGUUGCAGGAUUCUAUCUAUGAGAAAGAGCUUUAUGCUCUUGUGUCGGCGCUCAAGCAUUGGAAGCACUUCCUCCUGGGCAUGCACUUCAAGAUCUUUUCAGAUCACUCCACCUUGCAGGGGAUGAAGUCCCAGGGAGAACUGAAUGACAAGCUUGCUCGCUAUAUCCAAUUCAUUGACAUGUUUGACUUUGAACUGAGACACAAGAAGGGCUGCUACAAUCGAGUAGCAGAUGCCCUUUCUUGUAGGCCUGACGCUCUCUUCUUUAUCUCCUCUACUCACUCAUUUGUAGAGAAGACUCGUCAGAUCAUUGGUCGGUUGCUGCCCCAAGAUGAGAGGCCUAUUGUGAGGAAUCUCCAAGACGAUCCUGCCUCUGAACUAGGAUAUACUCUGGUUUCAGGUCUGCUAUACACCUGCAACAGAGGUGAGGAGCGCCUGUGCAUUCCCCAUGACCGCAAGCUGAGAACACUUCUGAUGUCAGAGUGUCAUGAUGCUCGUGGUCACUUUGGGGCCCUCAAAUCUUAUGCAGCCCUGUCGCAGCGCUUCUUCUGGAAGGAGAUCAGGAGUGACAUGCUGCACUAUGUGGAAACCUAUGAGUUAUGCCAAAGGAACAAGGUUGUGCGUCGACCUCCCCUUGGCCUGCUCAAACCACUACCUAUCCCUGAUGCUCUUGCACAGUCAGUGUCCAUUGAUUUUACUGACUUGGGUAGAACUACCCCUCGUGGUAUGCGUCAGGUCAUGGUAUGUGUAGACUGGUUCUCCAAAUAUGCAGAGUUCAUCCCCUUACCAGCCGAGGCUCGUGUGCCAGCCGUUUAGGCGGCGUUUGCUGACAGGUGGGUCACACAUCAUGGACCACCCACCUCUAUCGUCAGUGAUCGAGAUCCUCGUUUUUGCAGUAAUGAAUGACAAUCCUACUG